AUGAUUCUCACAGAGACACAAUCGACCAAAGAGUUCAACGAAGAUGGGUUUAAUGCCAUUGAUCGCACGGAUGGCAUCGAUGCAGGCGGAAAGCCACGGCACACACCACUCUGGCAAUCGAUCAAGAAAUUUCCCAGAAUCGUGGGCUAUUGUCUCACGCUAAGCUCAGCAAUUCUUCUCUAUGGAUAUGACCUUGUUAUUGUGGGGACAGUGGCUGCAAUGCCUCAAUUCCAACUUGUUUUCGGCCAGGAACUCAAUGGAAAAUACAUCAUUCCCUCAAUGUGGCUUUCUCUUUGGAACGUCUCCAGUUGCAUCGGCUUGAUGCUGGGCUCCAUCCUCGGUGGUUACCAUCAAGACCGUCGUGGGCGUCGGAUUACGCUCGCUAUAGGCAGUUUCUUAUCUACCAUUGCGGUCGCAAUUUGUUACAUUGCUGAUUUACCAGACGGAAUGGAAACUCGUCAAGGGGUCUUCUUCGCCGGUAAAUUGUUUCAGGGAAUCUGCAUUGGUAUUCUCCUCUGUGUUACACAGACGUACAUGUCCGAGGUACUCCCUGUUGUUCUCCGAGGACCAAUCAUUGCAUUCUAUCCGAUCUUCACGCUUCUUGGACAACUGGUUGGGUCUAUCGUGGUUUAUACUUCGCUUCAGCAUACAGGCGCACAAUCCUACCGGAUUUGCUUUGCGUCGCAAUGGCCGUUCUCAGCUGUCCCGUUCGUUCUGUCAACGCUUUUACCGGAGAGUCCAACAUGGCUGCUGAGAAAAGGGAAAAAGGACAAAGCUCUCGAGGCACAGAAAAAGCUUGAUACCAAUCUUGUCAACUCACAAACUGUAAUCGACGAGUUACAGGCGUCAAUUUCAGCAGAGGACGAGGAGAGCGCAACCCAGACAUAUGCGGACUGUUUCCGAGGAGUCAACACGCGCCGAACUUUGGUUGUGGCUUUUGCAAACGUGAUACCCCAGAUGUUCGGACUUCAGUUGCUGGCAAAUGCCUCGUACUUUAUGCAGAUCGUGGGCAUGAGUUCAUCUAACAGCUUGAUAUUCUUGAUUUUGGGUAUCGGACUGGGCCUGAUUGCGAAUGUUAUAAGUCUGUGGGCACUGAAUGCCUUUGGAAGAAGAUCCCUCAUUCUACUGACUCUGGGUAUUGUUAUGGUUCUAUGGUUUGCUAUAGGAGUCUCAGGAGUCUUCAAGGGAACUGUGACAAUAUGGUAUACAGCGGUUAGCAUGAUGAUGAUUAGUAUGGUCUCUGGCUUUGGAUCGUGGCCUGCGUCUCAUGUUGUCGCCGCCGAGGCGUCCUCGCUGCAACUUCGAGCCAAGACUCAAGGUAUUGGGUGGUUUACGAGUGGUGUCGGAACUGCAGUAUUCGCCAUCAUCUUGCCGUAUAUCUACAACGCAGACCAAGGAAACUUGGGGGCGAAAACAGGGUUCGUGAUGGCAGGAUUUGCCGCUGUUGCAGUCGUUGUAGUGUGGCUGGCUAUCCCAGAGAUGAAAGGGCGGACACCAAUGGAGAUUGAUCGCAUGUUCUCGUUGAGGUUACGGACUCGGGAUUUCAAAAGUUGGAACAGUGACGCGAGCCUCAGGACCGAAACAGAAGAGACUCAUCCGCCCGUGAAAGCAUGA